AUGCUACGAACCAAGAAAGCUAACACCAAAGCUGAAACCAACCCUGUUAAAAUCCCUGAGACGAUACUAAUCACAAUAACCUUGGAAGUGAUUCUUGAUUCAAGUGGUGUAGAUGAUGUUGAAGUUGUGGAUAAGUGUUUAACAGUUCUUCUACGACAACUUGUACUUGUGCUUGUUCUUGAAAAGAAGACUAAGAAGAAUAAUAAGAGUAGAGAGAUAGUGUUGCUACUACUACAUCCAUUUCUUCUUCUUCUUUGCUUCAUUGCUGCUUCUACGAAUAAAAGACACAAUCUGAGAAAACCCAGAAAGGUGAAGCUGUUCAAAGCUUACAUAAAAAGACACAGAAAAGUUUAA